CCAAACUCACAUUUGUCAUAGAGGCACAUGGGGUUAUCUGAUUCCUUUUCAAAGGAAAUACCAACUGGAUUUCAUUUGCAAACAACUGUAGUCAGAAAUGUCAAGAUUUACUAAGCUAUCUGAUGACUUUCCGUCAGUGAAGAACAGUAUCAAAGAGGAAUUUGAUGAUUUCCUACAAGAGUAUCUACUCAAAAUGGGUGAGGGGGGGAAUCCUGGACAGGAACAUGGCUGUAAGAUGCAGGCAUCAUAUACCUACAAAGAAGAGCCAUUCUCACCAGUGGAAAUAAAAGAGGAAAACAAUUUGGAUUUUGGAGAAUAUGAACAUACUGAUGCCUCACAUACAAAUGUUGAAAGUAUCACAAAUGGGAAGGGGUGCAAGUAUGGGUCAGAUCUCAACCCACAUCAUACUGGACAAAAGCCAUAUCCGUGUGCUACAUGUGGGAAGGGUUUCAAAACUAGCGGAAACCUCACUAUCCAUCAGAGAACACAUACUGGAGUAAAUCCAUAUGAGUGUUCAUAUUGUGGAAAGACUUUUACCCUGGCAGGUCAUCUCAAGACACAUCUGAUGAUCCAUACUGGGGAAAAGCCACAUCAGUGUGCUACAUGUGGGAAGAGUUUCAAAACUAGUAGAGAGCUUACUGUCCAUCAGAGAACACACACUGCAGAAAAGCCAUAUCAGUGUUCAGAUUGUGGAAAGACUUUUACUCAGGCAGGUCAACUCCGGACACACCAGAGGAUCCAUACUGGGGAAAAGCCACAUCAGUGUUCAGAAUGUGGAAAGGCCUUUAUUGAGGCAGGCCAACUCAAGACACAUCAGAAAAUCCAUACUGGGGAAAAGCAGUAUCAGUGUGCUACAUGCUGGAAGACUUUUGCCACCAGGUAUAAUCUCAAGUCACACCAGAAAAUCCAUACUGGAGAAAAGCCAUAUCAGUGUUCAGAGUGUGGAAAGGCUUUUACUCAUAUGUGUAAUCUCAAGAGACACCAGAGGAUCCAUACUGGGGAAAAGUCCCAUCAGUGUUCUACAUGUGGGAAGAGUUUCAGAACCAGCGAAGAUCUUACUGUCCAUCAGAGAACACAUACUAGGCACAAGCCAUAUCAGUGUACAGAGUGUGGAAAGACUUUUGCCACCAGGUCUAAUCUCAAGUCACACCAUAAACUCCAUACCGGAGAAAAGCAAUUUCACUGUUCAGAGUGUGGGAAGACUUUUACUUGGGCAUGUAACCUCAAGAAACACCAGAAAAGCCAUACUGGGGAAAAGUCAUAUUAGUGUUCAGAGUGCUGAAAGAUUUUUACUCAUCUGAAGACACACCAGAAAAUCCAUAAUGCAUCGGUAGUCCUUUGGUAGAAAGUCUUUUGUCAAGAUAUCCAAGCCAAAAAGGCUAAUCGGUGCACCCAGUGUGGGAAGACAUUAAAUUAUGUGUCAUUUAAAGGUACAGCAGAUGAUCCAUUUAGAGGAGAGACCAUGUCUGUGUUCUAAGUUUGUUCUCGUACUGCUCAGUCUCAUACAGUCUCUGUAAUGUCUUUACAUUAAAAAGUUUGAUGGUCAA